AAGACCCAUUAGUGUCUCAUUAAAACUGGCUUCGUGUUAUAUUUUCCCAUCUGUGCAAGAUGAAUCAAACCGGCGCGAAAACGGUCUUCGUCGUGCUGUUCCUUUGGUUAACGCUCCUGUCGGACAGAGUUGUAACCGCUCCAGCUGACGGAGGAAGUAGUACCGAACUUGGGAUUGUGUGCGGCAGAAACGAAGAGCCGACGAAAUGCAUCGCAUGUAUACCAACCUGUGAUCAUCCCCUGCCUCUGGUGUGUCACAAUCCACCGAAUUGUCAGUCGGGUUGCAAGUGCAAGUUGGGCUUCUUGAAAGACAGCGACGGCGACUGCGUGACGAUCAUAGGUUGCAUAAUCGAUAACAUAAAGAACGGACGCGAAUGGUCCAUCGCCGAUCUUAUGAAGUUUCCACAGCAGAAAAACACUGUUUGAUGUACGACGAUUUUAGUUCUCAGCUGAUCUUGCAAAGCGAUGCCUGGCGAUGAUAAGUGUCUUUUCGUCGAGUAUUUAUCGAGUUAGGUGAAAUCUCCGUUAGAAAUGUAAAUGUGAUAUCAGUACAAUAAAAAGUAAAACCUAAUUCCCUGUUUACUAUGUAGCAGAGAAUACGUAAAUAUUUAUAUAUGUAUGCCUAACUGAAACGCGGUCAGUUACGCUCGUUUUAGUGAAUCUCAUCGUCGUGUCGGAGAUCACGACCUCCCAGUCCGAUCGGGACCUCGUUAAGAGGCGUAGUGUCCCAAAUAUAAA